AGAACCCAUGUCCUCCCCGUCUUCGGCGGCCAGCUCAUCGACGAGCUCGAUGAGCGCGCCAUCCCCCACCGCCGACCACUCUCAGCUCACUCCCGAAGAGUCCCUCAACCUCCUCCUCCAGACCAUCUCCCAGCACAAUCUCUCCCAAAACGCCAAUCCGAAUCCGGACAAGGCCCAGCCCACCGAACCUAUUGACUGGGAACAGCUUUCUGCGUGGAGCAGGAACGAGGCCAAGAUGCCAGACUUCUCCGAUUUUAACUUCGAGUUGCCUAUGGAUCUUGACUUUGACUCUAACAUGGCUGUCGAUCCGAGUGCGUUGCACUUCAAUUCUAUCUUCGACAAUGCGGCUAUGUCGUUGCCCACGGACAGCAGCUUCUUCCUGCCUGCGACGAACCCGCCUCCCGAGCUCUUGUAUCCUGCCACGGAUGAUUUCAGCUGGAUGACCCAGUCGCAUGUUCAACCACAGACUGGAAGACGGCUCAGCGUCACCUCGUCCUCGUCGUCCUCUGGCGCGUCGCUCUCGCCGGUUUCGGACAACGCGUCCGUCAGUAGCUCGCCUCCGAGCGACAGCUAUCUGAGCGACCCCGCGCAAGAGCUCGCCCAGAAAGUGCGUCAGAUGGCAGGCGUCAUGCUUGCAGUGCCUGUCAGCGCACAGGUACAGCAGAUGGCUGCCGCUGGCGGACAAGCGAAGCUUCCGAUCCCCCGUCUUCCUCGGCCUAAUACCGUGCCCAGCAAGCAGAGUUCACCAAAGAGCUCUCCCGAUCCGGAGUCCGCUUCAUCAUCUACGGCGCCUUCGCCCAAGAGCGAGUCGCCCGCGGAGAGUGCCGUGCCUCCGCCUGUGCAAUCAGUGAUUGGGCGUCCCAAGACGAGCCAUACCACGAUCGAGCGGAGGUAUCGCACGAAUCUGAAUGCGCGCAUUACCGGAUUGAAGCAGGCUGUGCCGGCGCUCCGCGUGCUAGAGGCCAAGGUGAACGGCCAGGAGAAUCCAUACAAUGAUGUCGUCGACUCGCGUGGAUUCGUUGAUGGCGUGAAGGUUGCCCGCAAGAUGAGCAAGGCGAAUGUGCUCGGGAAGGCAGCAGAGUAUAUCAGGGUACUCAAGAAGCGCGAGACACGUCUCAAACGCGAGCAGGAUGGCCUCAAGUCGCUCAUCGCCGGGCUCGUCGGGGGACCGGCGCUGCUCAAAGAGUGGGAACGCGAGUGGAGGGAGCGAUUCGGCGGAGAGGAGAGGGAUGAGAUCGAAGAUGAGAGCGCAGGUGCGGCGAGUGAUGAUGAGGAUGGUGAUGGUGACGACAGCGAAGGAGAGGACGGCGAGGAGGGUAGGGCGCGCAAGAAGCCCAAGGUCGCAAAAGUCGCAAAGAAAGACAAGCCACCUCGCCCUGCACCACAACCACAGUUGGCAGUUUCCACUGUUCCUGGUGCUGUACCAGAGAAGCGUAAGCGUGGCAGGCCACGCAAGGUCCCGUUGCCCCCUGCGGUCGCUCAAGCGCCGGCUUUGACGGCGGCGGCGACGCCCGUGGCUGCGACACAGAAUGCAGCUCCGAUCUUCCCUGUUGACGCGCAGAUGCCAGAUACGUUCGUCCAGACUUCGUCGGACAGUCAGACACAGCAAACACCUGCCCAACAGUACCUACUUGCGGCGUUUGCAUUCUUCUCGGUGUUCAACUCUCCAUUGGCAUCAUCUCGCCCUCAUGCACAUCCGGCACACGAACAUCAUGGCACGGUGCUGACGCCUCAGGUGCGACCGCAGGCGGAGGUCCCCAUCUAUCUGACUACCUCGUCCGCAAGUGGCCUUGGGCUGCAUGAACUCGUGCAAGCAGCACAUCUUCUUGUGUCAACGCUCGUCUUCCUGUACGUGAUCCUGCCUUGGAUCUCGAGCACCCUCAAGCGUGCACCGACACUCGGGUCGUACGUCGCGCGCCUCAGAACGUCGUGCACCACUGCGGAGACCUCUGCGACAUUCGCGAACAACGUGCAUGUGUCCAAGGCGAGGAGUCAGCAGCGCGCUGCGUUGAUGGAGGCGUUCCUGGAUGCGCUAGACCCGUCCAGGAGAGGCUCAGCAGACGAGACCGCGCGGCUGCGCAGAGCUUUGGGCGUGACCGAUGGGAUUGUCGGGCUGAUGCAGGGCGUCAUCAAAGCGGGAAGAGUGGACCGGGGCAUUGAGCUGAACCAGCUUGAACAACGCGCUUGGGUCAGAUUGGGCGAACUUGUCGCUUUCAACGACAAGGUCGGCAAGGCCACUCGGCUUCAAAUGUACUGGUGCAUGUCAUGGCACAUAUCCACCUUUGCCGCUUCGACAACGGACCUAUCAACGCUUGCACUCAUCAUGCGUCCCGUGUCGUCGUCGAAGGCUGCGACACUGUGGGAGGCAGCUCGCAAGCGCGAGUUCCUCCGCCCCUACGAGAAGAUCGUGUUGGACAAUAUGAGCGUGGACGUCGCGGCUGACUGGCUUGCGAAAUGGCAACGCUGGCACGAGACGGAGCGCAAGGGCCGCUGUGCAGCUUGCGAGAAGCGCACACCGCUUGGUGUCCUUGCGGCGAUCCUCAUCCGGGAGCGCCUACGCAAGCACGCUGCUUCGCUGUUCGUGCGUACCGUUGUACGGAACGAUCCUCGGGCGUGCGUAGCGGACGAGUGUGUGAGCGAGUGCGAGGGCUACGUCUACGAUGCCGAGAAGGAUUACCGCGAGGAGCAGGAGCGUAAAGAGACCGUCCAGGCGGGCAAGUCGAUCGGCGGACGUACGGCUGAACUUGCGCUUCUCCUCGAGCGCAUCUGGGACACGGGUUUCUGCACGCAUGAGGAUGUGCUCCCACCGCCGAGGCGCACAAGUGAGAAUCCGGACGAGCAUGCGGAUUGCGAGGAUGCACAUGACCUUGCGAGCACGGAUGAGGCGGAGAUCCGGUCGCUGCUGAGUGCGACGAUGAUCUACCGUCGGAUAUUCCCGUCGUCGUUCCCUGCCUGCUCGACAUCAGUGCCAUUCAUCCUCUCGCCGCCACCAUCUCCCUCUCAGCGGAAUGCUGCCUUGCAUAUGGCGCUCAGGAGUGCGUUGGCAUCGCCUGCAUUCGAAUUUGGAAGCGGUGGUCGGCUGGAGGACGAGGAUUUGUCUGUUGCGCUGGAGGGAUCUCGGGACCGUGUGACUGAUAUGCUGGUGGAGUUGGAGCAGUCGUGUAGGAGAGUUUCGACGAGAUAUUAAACAGCUGUGGUCCGGUCUAUAUUACAG